AGAGCCAAAAAAAUAUAUUCAGAAUCUUCUUCGUUCGAAAAUCCGAUCAGAAAUAAUUCAACGGCCGUCCGGUUAAUCUCUAUCUCAGUGCAGACGAUUCAUCUUCUCCGAUCAGAUCUGUAAUCGGCUCGCGAUGGCUGCUCCUCCUGCUAGAGCUCGGGCUGAUUACGAUUACCUCAUAAAACUUCUCUUGAUCGGAGACAGCGGUGUUGGUAAGAGUUGCCUCCUCUUACGUUUCUCCGACGGCUCCUUUACCACCAGUUUCAUUACAACCAUUGGAAUUGAUUUCAAGAUACGGACUAUUGAGCUGGAUGGUAAGAGAAUUAAGCUGCAAAUCUGGGACACUGCGGGACAGGAGCGGUUCCGGACUAUCACAACUGCAUACUACCGUGGAGCUAUGGGCAUUUUGCUUGUGUAUGAUGUUACCGAUGAAUCAUCUUUCAACAAUAUCAGGAACUGGAUCCGUAACAUUGAGCAGCACGCCUCUGACAAUGUCAACAAGAUUCUAGUGGGGAACAAGGCUGAUAUGGAUGAAAGCAAACGAGCUGUGCCAACAUCUAAAGGCCAAGCUCUUGCAGAUGAAUACGGAAUCAAGUUUUUCGAGACUAGUGCCAAGACUAACUUAAACGUUGAGGAAGUUUUCUUUUCAAUUGGUAAAGACAUCAAGCAAAGACUUGCAGAUACCGAUGCCAGAGCUGAGCCACAUACAAUCACAAUCAACCAAUCAGACCAAGGUGCAGCAGGGACAUCUCAAGCUACUCAGAAAUCAGCAUGUUGUGGUUAGUAAAAAACGUGUCCACGGCGCCAUCAAAGGAGAGAAUCUAUGUGCUAUGGUGUUUUCUACAUAUUCUUUAUAACUCUCUGUUCAGACUUUAGUACUCAUUGCUGGAAUCAUAAUAAUUUGUUUAAUGAA